GCCGUGUUACGUAACAGGAAUUUUUUGUCCGUGACGUUGGUAGUGUUUUAUGUUUACGAUCGGUGGACGAACUUCUCAUAAAAUUUGCUCUUCCGUCCCAGAUUUAAAUUAAACAAUUUGGAAAAGUAAAAGUGGCACGUUUAGAAAAAGCUAUUCGAUCAAAUUGUUACAAUGAGUAAUUUACGAAAAGCAGUUUUAGGACGUAAUGCGAAACGCAUUGGUUUAGCCCCCAACCAACAAGACUUCGCCCCCCUUAAGUGGGAUCAGUAUUUUGACAGUGAAGAUGAUGUUACGACUGAUAGUGGAACUUUCCAUGUUUAUAAAAAGGGUGACUCGGGCCCGGCGGUGGUCUGCCUCCAUGGGGGCGGCUACUCGGGGCUCACAUGGGCGCUAUUUGCUGUUGAAAUUACCACGAAUAUUGAGUGCCAGGUCAUAGCGAUUGAUCUAAGGGGGCACGGGAACACCCGGUCCGGCGACGAUAGUGACUUAUCGUUAGAAACCCUGUCUCAAGAUGUUGUUAUGGUACUUAGCACAAUAUUUUCGGAGGAGGAACCUCCUGUGGUAUUUGUUGGUCAUAGCAUGGGGGGCGCUGUUGCUGUUCAGUGCGCACACAUGGUUAAAACGUUGGGGCUUUGUGUAAUUGACGUGGUUGAGGGGACCGCCCUUGAUGCCCUAUCCUCCAUGCAAAGCAUCCUAAGGGGGCGCCCCACAACCUUCAAAAGUGUUCAGCACGCAAUCCAGUGGUGCUACAAAGGGGGCCAAACUCACAACAUUGAGGCAGCCAAGGUCUCAAUGCCGGGCCAAAUAAUUAGUAUUCAAAGUGGUAAUUUAGCAGCUAACGAAUGUGAUACAAUUGAGUUGAAGCCGGCGGAGGAGUUGUCGGCGCCUGUGAGAAAGCAGACGCCGGCGACUCCCACGAUUGAGGAGGAUGACGAGAGCAAUUGUUCCGAUUGCGGGAAGCCGCCGCUGCCUAAAUCGGCAAAGACCGAGCCUGGGAGCGGCGAGGACGGCCCUAAGUACACCUGGAGGAUUGAUUUAAGUAAAACUGAGCGGUUUUGGACUGGUUGGUUUAAAGGGUUGUCGCAAAAAUUUCUCGAUUUACGCAUUCCGAAAUUACUUUUGCUUGCUAAUAUCCAUGGCCUUGAUACCGCCCUAACUGUGGGACAAAUGCAAGGCAAGUUUCAGUUGCAAGUGCUGUCAAAGUCGGGACAUGCUAUUCACGAGGACCAGCCCCACCAAGUGGCCGAAAUCAUUGGCGGUUAUUUAGUCAAACAAAAAAUUGCCAAUGCUAAAGUGGAUCUAGUCUGUCCAAUGCCUGGUUGUUAAUUCGUUUCGUUUAUUUAUUUUGUUUUUUCGUUCGUGUUCUUGUAUUGAAAGUUCAAUAAAAAUGUAUUCUUCCUAA